GUCCCAAGCCUUCGGACGCGACACGCACUCGACGAACAGAUCAGGCAGCCCGAUCCGAUCAAAAUCCACACCUCCACACGUCACUGAACGGUCGCCAGGAAGGCCCUACCUCCUUUCCGGUAUUUUCGGCCUGGAACCCCUGUACGAGAACGUCAACAAAAAAAGUCCCCGUUCAAUGAUAUAAAGCCCUUGCCCGGCGCUGCCGUGGGCCGCAAUGGCAGUCGACGUAGUCCAGUCAGUCUUUUUCGCUGCCUCCAAGUGCAGCAACACUCUUUUCUGCUUCGGACGAUACAUCUUCGUCUGGGCGAUCGCCUUGGUCUUCAUUCUUGCCGGCGCGCUGCGAUAUCGGCUCUCUUCGCUAUUCCCCAGGAACGAAAUUUCUACGGAACAUAAGAAGGCGUGAUUUUGUGACGGAGAAACCGAAAUGGCUGUCGGAACGCUCUCUCUCUUUUUCCCCGUCUUCAUCCCGGCCGCCACAGCGGGAUUGGUAUAUGCUGGUCACCGCGCAACUUACCUCGACUGGAGGGCGAUCUUGACCGAGUUCCUCACGGGACCUGGUCGGACAAGUCGGAUCCUACUUCUGCUGUUUUUGGGUCUCAACUGGAAGAGCUUGCCCCUUGGGUGGACGGUUCGGAUCUUCCAUUCCUUCAUUUUCCACUUCGCGCGCCGCCCAAAGACUCUUCCUCAGCGCGCCCUCUUCCACUACAGCGUUACCUCCUCUCGUACCUCUCUCCUCGAAACCGACUACAACUUCCACAAGUCCAACUCGACCUACUUUGCCGAUGUCGACGUUUCGCGUUCCCACCUGGUCACUCAUCUGCUGGGUCCAUCCAUGCCAAUCAUUGGCGACAACGAGAAAAACAAGCUGGUUCUGGACAAGGAUGGCAAGGUGAUUAAGGGGAGCUUUGGCAUAGGCCUGGGAGCCGUCUUUUGCUCUUUCCGCCGCGAGAUUGGCCCUAUGCAAGGUUACGAGAUGUGGAGCAGAAUCGUGAGCUGGGAUCGCAAGUGGCUUUACAUUGUGACGCACUUUGUUGUCAAGGGCAAGGUCAAGCCUACCAGCUGGGACGGCAGGUGGAAGGGUCCGACACGCAGCAAGAUCCAAAAGGCCGAGGAUGGGUCGGCCGUGGAGGAGCCGGAUUGGAGCAAGUACAUUCACGCCACUGCCAUCAGCAAGUACGUGUUCAAGCUAGGGCGCUUCACCAUUCACCCUUCGAUCAUGAUCCAGGCUGGUGGCUUGUUGCCCGAGAGACCAGGUGGCUGGAGAGGUGGUGAGGAUGACUGCGGAGACCUGGUUGACUUGGGAGAGAUCGAUGCUGAGGGCGAGUGGGACUGGAAGAAGGUUGAGGCUGAGCGGAGAAAGGGUCUUGAUUAUGCUAAUCACUUUGGGGCGUUGGACGGCACGAAUCUUUUGUUUGAUGGUGGCGAGGAUGGCGCUAUUGGCAACUUCCCUAUUGGUUAAGGAUAAAAGAUUUAGGAAGGGUGGUAUUUGGAUGCUUAGAAGGCGGAAGAGACAUGAUACCCAUUUUUGUGUAGGGAGUUCAGAGAUGGUAUUGUAUAGAUUUGAGAGACAGCGCGCUAGCAGGUGCUCGCAGCGGCUGAUGUCUGUGGCAAGAGAUGCUAAAAUACAUCAUUAUUCUAUGGCAGGGG